GCGGCGCCCAGCCGGCGCCACGUCUGCCCCAGCACGUUGUCUCCGGUCCCCGCAGCCGCUUCCCCAGUCCGCGAGGGGCGCAGUGCUGGAGCCGCGGCCCACGGGAGCAGACCGAGAACGUCAUGGGCAGCGCAGCCCUGCGCCCCGCCUCCGCGCUGCUCCCGCUGCUGCUGCUCCUGCUCGGGGCCGAGCGGCCGCGGGGCGCUGAGCUCACCUUCGAGCUGCCGGACAACUCCAGGCAGUGCUUCCACGAGGAGGUAGAGCAGGGCGUGAAGUUCUCCCUGGAUUACCAGGUCAUCACUGGAGGCCACUACGAUGUUGACUGCUAUGUGGAGGACCCUCUGGGGAACACCAUCUACAGGGAAACCAAGAAGCAGUACGACAGCUUCACGUACCGGGCUGAGGUCAAGGGCGUUUAUCAGUUUUGCUUCAGUAAUGAGUUUUCCACCUUCUCUCACAAGACCGUCUACUUUGACUUUCAAGUGGGCGAUGAGCCUCCCAUUCUCCCAGACAUGGGAAACAGGGUCACUGCUCUCACCCAGAUGGAGUCCGCCUGUGUGACCAUUCAUGAGGCUCUGAAGACAGUGAUUGAUUCUCAGACGCAUUACCGGCUCCGGGAGGCCCAGGACCGGGCCCGAGCUGAAGACCUGAAUAGCAGAGUGUCUUACUGGUCUAUUGGCGAGACGAUCGCCCUGUUUGUUGUCAGCUUCAGCCAGGUGAUGCUGCUGAAAAGCUUCUUCACAGAAAAACGACCCGUCAACAGGCCAGUCCACUCCUAGCCAAUGCAUCCUGCCCUUGGGUCCUUCACACCCUUCUAGGUCACAGGCUCCUGCUGGGCUGGGAGUGCCACCCAGGGUGAAGGCAGAGCUGCAUGGAGGAAAGCACAGGGUGAUGUGCUAGUGUGGCAGCACCUUGCUUUCCCUGCAGAUGUCUGGUCCUUGAACCCCAGCACUUGACUCUCGGAGUCCAGUAAUCUGAAGGCAUCCAUGGGGCAGUUCAGGGCUCUGCCUCUGCUCCUGGAUGCAUAGGUCAUUUGGCUUGUGUGUCCUAUCCUGUCCGGAGAAGGAGGUGGCUCUCAGUUCUGCUCUUUCCUUCCAUGGGGCUUCCUGUACUUUAGAAAACCAGGGCCUUGGAGCAGCUUUGCAGAUCUGUGCAUCCCAGGUGAGCAAUGGUGUCAGCCAUGUAAGCAAGACCAAAAUGGUGACUGGGUACCCAUUGUUAGCUAUGUAUCUGUCUCCUGGGAGCUGGAACUCUGGCUAAUAAAAACUAAGUGUGAGU